GGUUCCCGGCGCCUCGAAAUCAGUACCGUCAUCAAGAAAAAGCCCCACCGAUGCAGUCACGAGCCUUCCUCAAAAACUACUUUUUCAACAAAAUGCUUUCGUCAAAGUCACCUUUUUGAUCAUCAUCUCAACAAAUUUCAAGAAAAUUCACGCACUCGGCUUUUUAAGUUUCGUCCAAGUCGUUUAAUCCUUCCAAAACCUCUUUGAACUCGACAGAACUGCUCUCUAUCUUUCUCAGUUUCCUUAGUUAGUACAGCUAUUUUUGUUCCCAUUUUGGAAGCUACUGGUCCGCAACAUAUUCAGAGAAGCAUUUCAAGGCUCUGGCUAGACUGGAGGUCAUCUCGCCACCAUUGAUUUGCUGGGCGGUCUCUUCUUACAGUAAACGUUCUCGGCCUUGCACGCUCUCCACUUCUUUUGGCAGGGAAGAGUGAAGAUUGGUAGAUCACGAUCCUUGCAGCUUCAAAGCUCGUCCCUUUUGCUCAGUCGUGCAAGGAAAAAUGCCUUGGGUUUGAUGUGAGGGAAGCGAGAUGGAAGGUGGGGAUCGUGUGCUUGGAUCGAGGUUUCUUGUGCCAGCAACUUGACGUCGCUGCCUCUUGCUAUCUUGCAGGAAUUCCGGAGCUGUGUUUAAUGUCGGGGGAAGAAAAAGACAAAGCAACAGUAUGAUUGGCUGGAGCAUAUGAAGGUGACAACUUCUCAUGGUUCUUUGAGGACACACCCUCGUCCCGAAAUGUCUCUGUUUCAAUCCAAGAUCGAGCAGGAGCAGCCUAAUGCUGCCCGGACUCCAUUGCGCAUUCUCUCGUUUUCCUCCCCUCCUUUGCCGCUUAGCAGCGGUGGCUACCAAGAACAAUCAACACCAUCAUCUUCUUCGAGUAAUAAAAUUAGCCCGGCAGUUUCAUUCUUUAUAGUCGUCUUUGCCGUUGUCUUCUUCAUAUCUGCUUUUCUCCACUUGCUGAUCAGAUUCCUCACAAAGAAUAGAUACCCUCCACAUAUCCCUGAAUCUAAUAGAGACCCUCAGGGCUCAGGGUCUAAUGCUUUUCAAGGGCAAUUGCAGCAACUGUUCCAUCUCCAUGACUCCGGCCUCGAUCAAGCCUUCAUAAAUUCUCUUCCCGUCUUCCGGUAUAAGGAGAUCAUGGGUCUUAAAGAGCCGUUCGACUGUGCCGUUUGUCUCUGUGAAUUCUCCGAACAGGACGAGUUGAGAUUGCUUCCGCUAUGUAGUCAUGCUUUCCACAUCGAUUGCAUAGACACAUGGUUACUUUCCAAUUCUAGUUGUCCUCUUUGCAGAGGGUCACUGUACGGGCAUGGGAUUGCAAUCGAAAACCCUGUUUUUCAUUUCGAUGAGCCGCGGGAAGAAGAUGGGUUGCCUGCUGCUGGAGAGAGUGGGAUACCUCCUGCUAGGAAGCCAGAAGAAAGUAGUAUCCUUUCUUCAAAGAGGGUAUUUUCGGUUAGACUGGGCAAGCUGAGAAAUUCUAAUGGUAGAGCUGAACGAAAGAUGGGAGAGGCUAGUACCAGUGGCAGUAAGCUGGACUCAAGGAGGUGUUAUUCGAUGGGUUCGUACCAAUACGUAGUUUGUGAUAUGGAGUUGCAAGUAGCCUCGUCCCCAAACCGUGGGGACGGCGGCGGCGGCGGCGGCAACGGCAGCAGCCUGGGAAUCACAAAAAGGAGCGGUGGACGAGAAGGGAACUCCAAUUCCGAUGCUGACACUGGGGAGGGGAAGAGGAUUAGCAUCGGGAAUAGAGGCGAAAGCUUUUCUGUUUCCAAGAUCUGGCUUUGGUCUAAGAAGACUAGAAUCCCAAGUCCAGAAAGUCACAUAGGCAGUGCCCCCCUCGCUUCGGGUUCGCAAUGGAUCGGUAGAUCUCAGGUCACAUGAGCAAGGUAUUUACUUUUGUGUAUUAUUUUCAUCUACAUCACUACUUGUCAUAUGAUUCGACACGUGCAAAAACCUUUUUCAGUUAGUUUUCAUUUCGAGCUCCGCGUGCAUCGCAAAUGUCUCUGAACGAUGCUGCUUCUCUGUACACAAAAGAUUUGACUUCACUCUGCUUUUGAGUGAAUUCUCA